AUGGCGGCCUUAUCAGCAGAGGGGGUAAGGAGAGUCUGUCAGCUUCAGAGGGAAGAAGGGCGCCAGUGCCUGCGAGAGCUCCUGCGAUGGGAGGAGUUUGAUGACGUGAGGGAUCUGAGGCGUAGCAUAGAGCUCGACAGUCUUUACAGCAGCAUUGUGUUCGCCAUGGAGAAAGGGCUCUCCUGGCCUGCAGUCGUGGAAGCGGGAAAGCUUGCGGAAGAGCUGAUGAACGAAACCAAAGGUUUACCCAUUUCUCAGGCCAUCCGUGUCCUAAAGGAUAAACUCGUGGCGUGUGAGCCAAAGCUGAGUCCAUUCAAACCGUGUGUCUUGGGUGAAUACUUCUAUCACACGCUCAUCAGGCACUACCAGCUCUACCAGUUUGUGCUGUGUCGGGAGAGAGACGUCGAACAGACGUCUGCCCACCUAGAAAUCUGUGUGCCACCACAGCCUCUGCCGCUGAUGGCAGGCAUCGAGGCUGAAGUCUGGCACUAUCAGCAGCAACUGGCUGCCCUCUCAGCCGCUGAGGUCCAAAAACGUACCAACAUGCUGCUCCUCCGAGAGACGCUCCACCUGGAGAGGGAGCAUAUGUUGCAAAGAGCGUAUGAUGAUCUGAAAUCGCGAGCAGAGAUCCUAGACAGACAGAUUUUGGAGACCCUAGUGAAAGAAGUGAUCGGGACCCAGAUCCAAGCUCUCCAUGAGAUCCUGCAGACUGAGAUCCAGACCACCUUCGAGAUCUUGGAGCUGAGACUCCAGAAGAGGGCCUUGAGCCUGAACCCUCCUGUCCCCUACCCCCCACCUCCUCCUCUUGAAGAACGAACAAAGAAAUCAACCAAAGCUCAAGAGCAGAAAAAGAAGAAGAAGUGAGGAGAUGCGGGUUGAUGUAGCACUUGGCAGAAAUCCCUGACUGACCUGUAAUAAUCAUGGAUUGUGCUUUUCAGUCCUGAAGACCAUAUAACCUGCCUUGGGUUUUAAAUGCUCCAUCCAUAGCUUGAUGCUGGGCUGUUUGUUCACCUUGCCCUGGCUGGAAUGGGUAUUAAUAUGGAAGAUGGAAGUGUUGCUAGCAUAGCUUUGGACGCUACGACUUUAUUGUCCUCUUAA